ACCACCAUGGGCAGUCCGGGGCCAGGCAGCGGGCUGUUCCUGCUCACGUCCAGCCGCUGAACGCUAUCCCUAUGCUGCCUAUCGAAGCACAUUGUUUGCGCCAGUUUCCCCAAUGCAGCGGAUUACGGGGACCGGGCUUUCAGAGACGGGUAAAGUGUUUGCCAGCAAAAUCAUCGGUGGAGGGAAGGAUCUGACCUCUGCUUUGUGCAAUCAGAGACAUGAGUGUUGUCAGAGAGUUACAUGGGAUCGGGUUCAGGGGCGGUGGAGGGGUUGUGGCCCCUCUGACCGGCCCUACCCACUUUACAGAAGAUGCCCCGAGACCUCCAGUCCCCGGUGAGGAGGGAACUGAUGGGGACCCCCCGGUCCAAUCGGUCAACACCCGUCCAAAUAACCUUUCCCAACCCCUAGGCUACCCCCCAUUAUCUAAAAUGGGGGAUUCUUCAAGUUACACACCUUCCUCGUCAUCUGCAACCCCACGACGCCCCGACCUGGACUUGGGCUACGAACCUGAGGGCUCAGCUUCUCCAACUCCACCUUAUCUGAAGUGGGCUGAAUCACUGCACUCGCUCCUAGAUGACCAGGAAGGCAUCCAGCUGUUCAAAAACUUCCUGUGUCAGGAAGGGUGUGCAGACCUUCUUGACUUUUGGUUUGCGUGCUCGGGCUUCAGGAAGACUAGCCAGGAGAAGAGGGCAAAAGUGGCCAAGGCCAUCUACAGGAAAUACAUAGUCGAUGGAUGUGGAAUUGUCUCCAGGCAGAUCAAAGCAGCUACCAAGAGCUUCAUCAGAGACUGUCUGGGAAAGCCGCAUCCUGACCCUGCCAUGUUUGAACAGGCGCAGACAGAGAUCCAGGCCAUGAUGGAAGAGAACACCUACCCUUUGUUCCUCAAGUCUGAUCUCUAUUUGGAGUACACGCGGACGGGAGGAGAAAGCCCUAAACCUAAUCCCAGUGAUCAGAGCCCUUCAUCAGGUCCAGCCAAACCUGCACCUGGGUACUUGCCUACGCUUGCUGAGGAUGAGGAGUGGAGGUGUGGAGGGGGAGCAAGGGAUCCUGAGGAGGAAAAGGAUGAAGACGGAGAUACACCAGCUGAUAGGCUGACUCAUAGUCUGCUGAUACAGACGGCGACACAGAGAACCUCGACCAGCAGGAGGAGACAGGACAGCAGGGAGUACAGGCCAUGGAGAGAGCCGGUAAACCCGUACUACGCAAACGUGGGCUAUGCACGUGCUCCAGCAACCAGUGCUAAUGACAGCGAGCAGCAGAGCAUGUCAAGUGAUGCGGACACGAUGUCACUGACCGACAGCAGUGUAGAUGGUAUUCCCCCGUACAGAUAUCGGAAGCAGCAUCGAAAAGAGAUGCAUGAAAGUGCCAAAGCCAAUGGCCGUGUGCCCCUACCUCAUAUACCUCGCACCUAUCGCAUGCCAAAAGACAUCCACGUAGAGCCGGAGAGGUUUGCAGCAGAGCUCAUCAGCAGACUUGAGACUGUUCUCAGAGAAAGAGAGGCAGAGGAAAGACUUGAAGAGAGGCUAAAGAGAGUACGACAGGAAGAAGAGGGGGAUGAUGCUGAUGUCUCCGUGACAACCUCCAUGUCUUCUCAUAGUAUACCACUGCCCCCUCCCUCAUUUCCACCUCUAUACGGUGCCCGUUAUUCAGAGACCACUGCUAACACAGUAACAGCCGCCACUUAUGGUGGCCUGGUUGCCAUGGAAGAUUCCCAUGACGACAACCCAGAAUCUAUUUUGGAUGAGCAUGUACAGCGGGUGAUGAAGACGCCGGGCUGCCAGUCGCCAGGAGCAACAAACAGCACCUUAGGAGGAGGGGGUCGACACACUCCUCCCAAAUCAUCACGGUCACCUGAUGGAGGAGUUGGCCCACCUCAUUACCCCACACACCGAGGGGGAGGCCACAGUCUGUCUGCUGCUGGAGUCAAAGGAGUGCAUCACCAUAAGCAGCUGUACCACCACAGAGGAAGAGAAGGGCAGGAGGACGUGGGCUGCAGGUCUCAGGCCAACUUCAUGUGGAAUGGCGAUCCAACCAAUCAGUACACGGGAAGAAGAAACUAUGCCGAUGGAGCUGGAGCCAGUACUCUUGAGGGGAUGGGUUACAGUAGUAAAGGCAGCACGCUAUCGCGAAGAGGAGGUAAGAAGACGUCUGAGACGGGAGGCAAAGGUGAUGAGGGCAGUCGUGGCCUGGAAACCCAAGUCCCAUUGGAGGAUAUGGAGAGAAACCAGAAGAUCCUGCAGUGGAUGAUGGAGGGAGAUCGACAAAGGAAGACCUCUCAUGGUGGCAGCACCAGUAGCUCCCGGAGGACAGGAACCAGUAGUGAGUCGCCACGUCCAACUUCAGUGGAGCGACCUGGAGCCGUGCAUCCUUGGGUCUCCGCUCAGCUACGUAACAACCCUUCCUCUGUGUCCACUGCUAUCCCCGGCUCAUCAUCUACCCAGGUCCAGCCUUCACACCCUUUCAUCCAGGAUCCUGCUAUGCCCCCCAACCCAGCACCCAACCCGCUGACCCAGCUGGAGGAGGCUAGGAGGAGACUGGAGGAGGAACGGAGGAGGGCUGCGCUGCAGCAGGCCAAGCAAAGGCAUAAGUCAGGGAAGCGUCAAAUAUGUGAGAACAUGACGGUUGCAUACUACUUUUGUGGAGAGCCUAUCCCGUACCGAACAUCGGUCAAAGGCAGAGUCGUGACUUUGGGCCAGUUUAAGGAGCUGCUUACCAAGAAGGGCCACUACAGGUUCUACUUUAAGAAAGUGAGUGACGAGUUUGACUGUGGUGUGGUUUUCGAGGAGGUUCGUGAUGAUGAUGCUAUCUUGCCAAUCUUUGAGGAGAAGAUUGUUGGGAAGGUGGAGAAGGUUGACUGAAAACUUGGGAACAGGAACAUGAAACUGAAAAGAUCGCAUAAAUGAGACAAUGGGAAGAAAAUGUUCAGAAUGGAUAGAAGUUUAUCUGUGAGGAAAUCGAAUGACGGGAAGUAGUAAGAUGGAUGGCGAUAAGUGUGACGGAUGGAGAUAAGUGCCGCAUAGAAGAAUCAUGAGUGUCAAGGAAGUGGUUAUGGAUAAAUGGAUAUCUGCAUCAAUGCCUGGAUCAAACUCACAAAGCAAAGAACCCUGGCCAGAUGAUGCAGGAGUGGCAGAGAAGAACAAAAUAGCUCACCUGUCCUGUCUCAUUACUGGCUGUUCGACAGCUGUACAAUUAUCACGUCUGACCAGUCUUCCACUUCUACUGCGAUGAUUGGCAAAUUACGAGGGGACUUCUGGAUGGAAAGAGUAUAAAGUAGUCUUCCACUUCUGCUCAGGAGGAGUCUGUCCUCCGCAGACCAUUACGAUGCUGCUACAUUACCAUGGAAACUCUUCAAUCGGUGCUCUUGACAGUGAAGAAAGCAGUUGUGUUCCCUUCGGAGUCUGGCUGCCUUUUGCUGUCUCUGUUCCUCAGCUGUUGAGAAGUGGAGAGGACAGAAGAAACUGGGCAGUGGAACAUUCAGCCUGCUUCUACUAUUGUUACCUUCAUAGCCUCAAAACGGAGAACUUUGUUCACCCUUGAUUCCUAGAUGUCACACGGUGAUCUGUCACAUUAACACGUUGCGUCAACAGUUCUCUGCAUAACUUGUUUACCAAAGCUACAUAUUUUUGAUAAGACAAGUAUCCAAGCUACUUGUUUUCAUUUUAUUUGAAUUAUAUAUGUACAAGGCAGGUACUAUUACUUAUUACAGCAGCUUAAUUUUGUCAUAUUUCAACUUAAUAUUGUAUUAUUCUGUAUGUUUUGAACAUAGUUUGUUAGUCAUGUCAGGGCAGCCAUUUUUGCUUCUCUUCAUAUAAUCUUAGUAGCCACCUCACUUACGUACUGUCCACCUUUGAGUGAGGAGUUCUGUUUUCCCAAAUGGUGAAUUUUAGAGGUGAACUUUUAUUUACUGUCAAGAUUAUCAAAAUUCCCACUUAUAAAAGGUCUCACCUUCCCCUUUUUCUGCUUCAUCAAAGUCUUGUGUGCUUGACUCCAAGCUCAUCCUGGGUGCCUGCUUGCCUGCCUGGCCAGUGCCAUCGCUUCGUAAAAAAGCUUAUUCUGAGAUGUCAUUAAGUUUGUUAGCCCAUGUCUGUCUUGUAUGCCUGAACUCAACCAAAGAGCAUAUUAAUUAAUUGUCCCGUAUACAUAUAUUUGUCUCUACAGUCCACAAUUACGAAAUACUUUUCAUCAUCAGCUGAAGGGACUUUUACUGCUACAGAUGUUGAGACACAAAACAUUACAGCGUAAUACUGAAUUUUUUAAUAAUUUAAUAUUUAAGGAAAUAUUCAAUCUAAUACAGGAAGUUGGAUGAUAACUGCGAUACAGCUCAUAUCUGAAAAAUGUGUAUGAAGUUGGUUUACAGAAAAGAAAGCAAACAGGGGAACUUAGUUUGGUAAUCACAUGGCUCAAAAAACAGGUUUGCAACUAAAGUUAAUUAAAUUUCAUUGUCAGUAUUUUUUAAUGGGUUUAUUAUAAAUUAAUGUGAUUGAUUGAUACUAUAUAAUUUCCCAGCACAGUUCCCUUAAGUCUGAUGUUUAAAAACACCUUUUUUAGGCCAAUUGUUUGGAAUUUAAAGAAAUUUGCUUUACAAUAUGGAAGUAGUAAUUAUUUUUAGAUACCGAGCUUCACGGCUUGAUGCAGCAUGUUCAUAAGGAAAACAUUAAGCUGCUGGUAUACGCUGCCUGGCCAAACAGUCACACGCCGUAAUAUUAUGCUGGACCACCUGACUGCUGUAGAGUUGUAUUCAUGUUUUUGGAGAGGUGGACUUUGAUAGGUGUUCUCCACCAAUCCCAAAGUUUUCAGCGGUGUUCAAAUCUGUGAUGUCAUGCUCCAUGAAACACUCUCGUGAUUGGUGGUGGCGUCUGUCCAUGUCUCCUGGGAAGAAAAAUAACUAUUGAUAGAAAACCUAGUCAUUGAGUUUAUUCAGGUGGUCAUCCGAUCUUGUUUGUUGGUAACAUGAUGUAGCUGAACCCAGACCUGACCAACUAGAAAAGUAGAACAAGGAACACCUGGACGCCUCAGACCACGUGACCUUUUUGUAUCGCUACAAAUUCCCAUCUUUAUAAUUGCUAGCAAUUACAAGCUUUUUUCCCACCUUGAUGUCCUCACUUGUAAAAUGGUUUUCUUCUUCAUGUGUGUUUUUACACCCAGUAUUAAGUUCUCUGCACGUUGUAUCUAGACAUGUUUUCUACGUUUUACCACUUAACAUAGCGGUGCGUCGUUCUGUUGAUUUUUCUUUGAUUAGAUUUCAUCAAGUGAUUAAUUAAUGUUUAAUCAAGAGCGUGCAAAAUUUUAGUCCGACCACAACAAUAGUAUGCGUCUUCUAAAAAGGUUGCUUUAAGAACGAGAAACGAUUUGAGUUAAGAAAAACAGUUUACCAGCUGAAACUAAGUAAAACAAGGGAGUUUUUGCCUUUUUUUUUUUUUUAAUCUCAAAUGGUCCUCGUAUAGUCAUGGAGGUUUGUUUAGUUGCUUUUACAAAACUGUUCAACAUUUGCUUGGCCACUUUUGUUUUCCCUCGAGUUUCUUGGUCACCUCUGCCGAUUAUGUCCACCGUUUCAUCAUUGAUCAUGUGAUAUAAAGUGAUACACAGUUGUUGAAUGAGACAACUGGGACAAGAGUCCAGAGUUGCUCUCUAUUUGCCAGCAGCAGGAGGGGAGCUGCAAGAGCUAGACACUUUUUUUCUUUUUUUAAAUGUAAACAUAUUCCUUUUGAAUGAAAUUAAAUCUAAUAUUUUGACAUUUAAAAAAAAAAAAAAUCUCCUUUUUGUUAAUCAUUAAAAUGCUUGCUUAUUUAGGUCCAGGUGGUGACUUGAAUUUGGCCAUGCAUCGUAUAAUUUAUUAAAUUUUGGACAGAACCAGGGUAGCUGCUUUCAUCUGUUAUGCUCACCUUUGCUAAUUCACUCAUUCAUUGUACAGAUAUGACAGUGUCAUCAUUUCAUCUAACUGUUGUCGAUUAAACACAAAGCACAUUAAAAAAAAAUGUAUAAUUGCUCCUUUUUAAAGUGCUUAUAUCAGUACCAUGUUGCAGUAAAGCUUUGGUGCCAGAAUAUCGUAAAGCACAGUGCAGCUAGUGCACUGACACACACCGGCUGUGUAAGCUGAAUGUAAUUUUACUUUUUAUUUUAUUAAUAUAAUUUUCCCCCCCAAGUCCUAAAAGGAAUUUCUUAAUUGAUGUCUGUAUUCAGUAUUGAUCUCAAACCAUUGGCCUGAUAGUUGUGUUGUCGUCUAUGUUGGUUGUUAACCGAAUGUUUUCCAACAAAGGGGUUCUUGCAGAAAUUUCAUAAAUGAUUUUCUACGGGGUUCCUGCGUUUGGUCCAGCAAGGGAAGCACAGAAUCACAAAAAAUGUUUGUCCCUAAAAUCCAUUAUGCCUUCAAUAUGAAAUAAGAAGAUUAGAUAUGUAUUUGUUUAUUAAAAAAAAUAAUCAAGCAAGCAUUUUCUUUAUAAGGAAUGUUUUCUGGAUGAGUUGAAUUGUCUGUUUUGUUCUAAUGUUACUGUGCAAACUGCUAUAUGGCCUUCUGGUGUCUCGUCUGUUUAUUUAGUACAAAAUUGGACAGUUAAAUGACAACAUUUGUCAAGAGUUAAUUCUUGUGAUUAUGACGUGAUGAACAAAAUGGACAACUGCAUCGGCUGCGUCGUUUUUGUGUGAAACACAGUGCCUUUUUAUCAUGUUACCUUUCAAAGUAUGUUUAUUUUACCGACCCAUGCUUUUAAUGUAAAUUUUAGUUUUCAGUCAGUACCAGUGUAUUUUAAGCUGCGGUCAUCCUUUUUCUCAUUUCAGUUCGGAUCAAUCCUGUGCUGUAAAUAUGUACAUUAUCAUUUCAUACGUGUCUUCAGACCUGCACCACAUGUCCAUGGUGUUUCUGUUUUUCAAUGCCAAGAUGUCACUGUGCUGGUUCCACUUGUACAUUUCUUUUAAAAAGGUACUUCAUAAUAAAGAUGUUGAAUAAA